ACGACUACAGGAGGCUUGAAAGUCACUCAGUUCUAUAUAUCAACAUUAGAUGCUUACAUUUUUUGGGAGGGAAGGGUGUUGUCAUGGGGCAGACUUUUAAAUCUAUUUAUAAAAGUAGUAUAAAGGUCAGCAGUAAGUAUCAUAAAAAUAAUAAUAACAAUAAUAAUAAUAAGGCUAGUCUUCGAGUCCGAAGAUUAGUGAGGAAUGCAGUAUUUCUCGUGGCUGAGCAGACCCAGCUGUGACCUACAUAUUUUGUACUAUAUCAAAACAUGGAAAACAGAAAAUAGCUUCGUCUUCCAAUGACAGUAAUACUCCCAUACACUGUGAUUUUGCUAUAAGCAUCUAAAUAUAGUAACAUAUGAAAAUAAAAAGAAAUAAGAAUAUUUACGUCAAAACGGUAAAUACUUUUGGCAUAUUUAUAUAACUUCCUUAUGCUAACAAUGAAAACUUACUUAGAAAAAAUGUUUAGGCUGUUUCAUUUCUUGCUAGCUAGCUCAGAUAUUUCAAAAUGAACUAGCAGAGUGGAAAGACAUUUUUCAUAGGAUGGAUUCUCACACAGCUGAGAUGGCAGAAUGUUCCAAGCGUCGAUCUGUAGUUAACAUGAAAGGAAUGUUUGAAAACUCAAAUAUUUCAAUGGAAGCCAAGAAACAAAGCUCUCCAAAAACUCCCCCAAAGCCAGCAUCCUUGCACCUAGGCCCAGCUAACGUAGUUUCACCUCAGACUAUUCAACAGAUGCAGGAUUCGGUUUCUACUGAAGAGCAGCCCUAUGAUUCUAGUCCAGUACAGCUCAGACAUCCAGGACAUGCAGAGAGUGGAAGGACACAAAGACAAGACUCAAUGACUUGUGGACCAAACUUGAACACAAGAUCUAAUAGGUCAAUGCUUAAUGAUCAAAUCGAUCUUCUUCUGAUUGGCAAAACUGGAAAUGGGAAAAGCGCUCUGGGUAACUCAAUUAUUGACCACAGCGCGUUUUUUAGUGAGCCUUCUAGUACUUCAGUUACUAAAGAAGUCAGGGAUGAGGUGAACGAAAUUAAUGGAAGGAUUAUCAAAAUAGUGGACAGUCCAGGGGUUGAGGACACGGACUGGGAAAAUGAUGAAACUACAAACUCUGUAGUUAAUGCACUGUCCCAGGCUAUCGCCAUCAACCCACAAGGCUACCACGCCUUUCUUCUGGUUGUAAAGUUUGGUGGCCGAUUUACGAAAGAAGAUCAAGGGACUGUAGACUACUUAAAGAAGGUAUUUGGUCAGAGUUUUGUCAGGAAGUUUUGUAUACUGGUCUUGACUUAUGGCGAUCAGUUUGAAGCUCAAGUUAAAGACAAAUUUAAAGAUUGGAUACAAUCACAAAAAGGUGUUUUGUCUGACUUGGUGAAAGAGUGUAACAACAGAGUCAUUCUAUUUGACAAUCAAACAACGGACAGACAAAAGAGACAAAGACAAGUCAGUGAACUGAUAGAGAUUGUUGACAGCUUAAAACAGGAGAAUAGCCGCUACACCAACGAUCAGUUUGAUCUAGCCAAAACUGAAAGGGAAUCCCUAGAACUUACUUCAAAAGCUCCUCUAAUAAUUGAAGCAGCUAUGACAGAAGCUAAUUUAAUUUUUAAACAAUUUAAACGAAUACAAGUAACUGUUAAAUCUAAUUAUGACCCCGCACCGCUCGAACCACUUUUAAAAAGAAUCAAUAUAUUGUGUGACUCAGUAAGGCACAAAGACAGCAAAACAGGAGUUCUUGGUGACUUGCUGAUACACAUUGAGACCCUCAAAUCUUCUAUACGUGAUGAAAUAAAAGUAUGCAGGAGGAUAUCUGAAGUAGAAAUAGAAAUGAGAACAAAAUAUGAUUAUCAGUUAGAAGAAUCAAAUCAAAAGCUCAAAGACGCAAAGCUUAACUUUGAUCGCCUUAGCCAGGAAAGAAAGAAAUCCGAAUUACACAAAAUUCAGAAAUUGGAAGAAGAAAUUCGGAAACUAAAAAGAGAAAAAGACGAAUCGGAGAUGUACCAAUUAGACCACUCUUCAGAGUUUGAGCUGAUAACAACUACAAUUCCUGAGAUUGAAGAACAAUAUACACGAGUUAGAGAAAAGCAUAGAAAAAAUGUCUUAUCUUCCCUGUUUCAUAAGAUUGCGAAGACUUUCUCGAAAAAAUCAAAAGACAUAGAUCUACCACCGGUACAGGACGACUUAGAAAUAGAUUUAACGCAAUUUAUGUAUUAAUUACAUUGUUAUGCAGCAGGUAAUGCACUAGGACCGAGGUCGGCCACUUUCUUGACUUGGUGGGCCAAAGAAAAAAAGCAUCAUGUCUAGCGAACAAAAGAUUUUUUGGUAUAAAUAAUUGUAAAUAAUGACAAUAGUAUACUCUUAUCUUUAAUCUAUACAGAUUUCAUUCCCGGUCAUUUCAUCCCCGGUCACUUCAUCCCCUGGUCACGUCACCCCCUGGUCAUUUCAUCCUCGGUCAUUUCAUCCCGGUCACUUUACCCCCGGUCACUUCAUCCCCGGUCACUUCACCCCCUGGUCAUUUCAUCCCACGGUCAUUUCAUCCCCUGGUCAUUUCACCCCCCUCAUAUAUUCAAAGCCUCAAGAUAUAAAAAUAUUUCCGUUUAAAAAAAUAAAUCCUUUAGUUUAGUGUCCAAUGGCCGCGGCGCACUGCUGCGGUUCACGCAAUAAUAUGAAAAACUACUUAUUGAUUGUUGUUUUGAAUUAUGUUCCACUUAUAUGCAUAUUAAAUAUAAUUUUUCUUCUUGUAAAUGUAAUACUUAGUAUGACAGAACUUACCAAACUUAUCAAUAUAAUUGUAAAAAAAAAUAAUUUUGGGACAAAUAUCUAAAACCGUUUGCAUAAAUGUGUUGAAAAAAUGAUAUAUGGUCGUCUCCCUUACUAAAAAACUCCCGUGUUUGUUACUAUUAAUAGUAAAUAGUUGUAAAAAUGGUGUAUUUUAUGAAAAACUGCUUGUAUAAUUGAUUUUAAAAAUUUGAUUUUUCGCUUUUAGAAAAGAAAAAAAGUAGCCAUUGCAUCAGAACUUUGAAUUUUCUAUAAUAUUAUGAUGUCGGAUGUUCACUCUCUUUUCUAGUUUACGAGAUCUAAACGGGACGGACGGACGGACGAUUCGACAGACAAACCACACAAAACUAAUAGCGUCUUUUCUCCUUUCGGGGGCCGCUAAAAUGAUGUAAACAUAUAUAUCUAUAUAUAAUAAAAGACUUAUUCAUUGAAUUACUUUGCUUUUAGAUUUAUACAGCUGACUGAGAGAGAGAGAGAGAGAAAUAGAGAGAGAGAGAGAGAAAGAGAGAGACAGAAAGAGAAACAGGUACUGAGAGAUUUAAAUGCUUUGCUUUUUGCCUAAUAUAGCUGGAGAGAAAGAGAGGGGGUGAAAGAAAGAGAUGGAGAGAGAAAGAGAUGGAGUGAGAAAGAGAUGGAGAGAGAAAGAGAUGGAGAGAGAAAGAGAUGGAGAGAGAAAGAGAUGGAGAGAGAAAGAGAUGGAGAGAGAAAGAGAUGGAGAGAGAAAUAGAGGGGGUGAGAGAAAGAGAUGGAGAGAGAAAGAGAUGGAGAGAGAAAGAGAUGGAGAGAGAAAGAGAUGGAGAGAGAAAGAGAUGGAGAGAGAAAGAGAGGGAGAGAGAAAGAGAGGGGGUGAGAGAAAGAGAUGGAAAGAGAAAGAGAUGGAGAUAGAAAGAGAUGGUGAGAGAAAGAGAUGGAGAUAGAAAGAGAUGGAGAGAGAAAGAGAUGGAGAGAGAAAGAGAGGGGGUGAGAAAGAGAUGGAGAAAGAAAGAGAUGGAGAGAGAAAGAGAUGGAGAGAGAAAGAGAUGGAGUGAGAAAGAGAUGGAGAGAGAAAGAGAUGGAGAGAGAAAGAGAUGGAGAGAAAGAGAUGGAGAGAGAAAGAGAUGGAGAGAGAAAGAGAGGGGGUGAAAGAGAUGGAGAGAGAAAGAGAUGGAGAGAGAAAG